AACAAACAGUUUCUGGUUAUUGUAUCUGGUGGUAUCUAGCCGUGUCUAAGAUGCUUAGCUGGUCAGUGUCGAAUUGUGUAGUGAGUGCGCCAAACGUGAACUUCGUCUUUAUUCAAGUUUCUAUACCUACAAAAAAACGUAAAUUAAAUAAACAUGGCCGUCAAUGAAACUGUUCUUGUCAUCGGUGGAAGUGGUUUUCUGGGACAACAUUUUAUAAAAUUACUUUUUCAAUUUAAGGACGAGCUAGAAAUAAAAGAGAUUCGGUCUUUAGAUAAAGAGCCCUUCACAAACAAAAUUGGGGAUUUUGAUACUUCCGAAUUGGUCACAUUCAUUGGUGAUAUAUGUGAACCCGAAACUUUAUCACCAGCCUUCAUUGGUGUAGACACUGUAUUUCACUGUGCCGCGUACGUGAACAUUCAAUACCCUCCAAAUUAUGAUGAACUUGAACGCGUUAAUGUUGACGGUACGCGGUCCGUAGUUGAUAUGUGCGUGAAAAAUAACGUCAAGCGAUUGUUGUACACGAGCUGCGCAUCUGUUUGUUUGAUCCCAUUCAAAGGCAGCACUUUUUCCAUUAUAAUAAAUCAGACUGAGUCCAAGGCCAAGACGCCUGUUUUUAAUACACAAAAAUCACCGAUAGAUUUUGAUAAGGGAUUUCUUAUACCAGGGUACUCAUCGUCUAAAUUAAGAGCUGAAACAAUAGUGCUAAACACAUCAGGAACUACAUUAAGCAAUCAAACAGAUUACCUUCAUACGGUUGCAAUACGCCCACCACUUACAUAUGGAGAAGGCGAUAAUCAUUUUGUGCCUGCAGUUUUCAAGUUUUUGUUAAAAAGGGGCAAGGUUUACCCGAGAAUUGCUGGUUCAGGGGGAAAACAGCAAUUGGCCUAUGCAGGAAACGUUGCAUGGGGACACAUUUGUGCUUAUAAAACUUUAAAAUCAAAGCCGAAAGCAAUUGCAGGCCUUCCAGUUUUUAUAACAGAUGACACUCCUAUAAAUGAUAUGGCUAGAUUUAUACAGAAAAUGGGAAAUGCUACCGGUACACUUAAGUUCAAGACAAGUUUUUGGUACAUACCACACUUCAUUUUUUACUUCCUUGCAUUUCUAACUGAAAUGUUCAUUAAGGCAUCAAAUCCUUUGUUCAAUUAUAAACUUAAUUAUUCCCUUCGGGCAAUAGCCUCGUUUACAGCAUCAGUUUUAUUAUUUAAUCGUUUACGGGCCGACAUACACAUUGACUACGAACCACUUUUUGAUGAGAAAAAGUCAUUAGAACAAAGUGGAAAAUGGUAUAAUAAAUGGUACCAAGAGUACAUGCAGAAUUAAUACAGUAAUUUGAUUGACAAACUUGUAUCGUGUAUAAUUUAAGUGGAUAAAGGAAUUGAAUAGUAAAAUUUAUUAAAAUUAAAAACAAUAUUGUUAUGUGUAUAUAAAAUUCUUGUGUUCAUUUGAAUAUCAAACUUCAAGUUAUGUCAAAAAAUUUGUUCGCUCUUUAUUGUUAAAAACAUGAAAAAAAAUAUAGUUAAGCUAAUUAAAUUUAA